AUGCACGAUACCCGGUCUACAAGGAAGCAGCUGCCAGGGCAGCCGACCGCGAAGGUCAAAAGGAGCACAGUAACUCCCGGAAUCCCAACAAAGGGCACGGCAAUACACACUCUCGUCACCAGCAAUGGCAGCCCCUACCUAAACUUUCAGAACCGCAUCAUGUAUGGGACCUAUAAGAAGGCCCAGAAGAUGCCAGGCGGUGAUUCCCUUGUGGGCUUCACACGAAUCCUCCACCGCACUCGCCCUGAUCUCCUGAUGGAUGAGGCAAGCCUCUCUCCUACAUCUUGCUCAACAGUGCCCACAUUUAGAGCAGAUCCUCUGACACCCUCCUGUGAUACAUGGUGCGAGUUCCCUGUGUCCGACCGGCCUAAUGCAGUAAUGCAGUUUUUGAAGGCAGCCAAGGCGGACCCCACCAUGAUCAAAGCACCGUGGUUGCUGAUGAUAGAGACAGACUAUGUGUGGAUGAGGCCGCUCCAGGCGCCACCAGCAGAGGACCCGGCCAGCCGUCCGAUGGCAUACCCCUUCAACUACAUAGUUCCCACUGCUCCGCCCCUGGAAGGGGUCAUGCGAAAGAUGUACCCGGCGGAGCUGGGCCCCCUGUCAGGCAUUCACGGCAGCGGCCCGGCACCUGUCAUGAUGCGAUUUGACGAGUGGAUGGAGGUGGCGCCAGAGUGGGAACGGCUGACGGCGCACAUCGAGGCGGACAUGGAGUCGAAGGAGAAGCUGGGGUGGGUGCGCGAGAUGUACGCGUUCAGCGUGGCCAUGGCGCUCAAGGGGGUCAAGCCGGAGAUCCUGGCCUGCCCGCGGUGCCCCCUGAUUGCGCAGCCGCCGGCCGACCAGGCCCUGGGCGGCGCGGCGAUGUUCCACUACACCUGGGGCACCAUCUUCAAGGACUCCUUCGGGCGCAAGAUCUGGGAGUUUGACAAGCGCACCUACACCGCUGAAGAGAUCCAGCGCAAGACGCCGCGUGUGCCUUUGCCACCGGCCUACAGGGAGGAUUGGAAGAUGCAGGAUGACCAGCCUGUAACCCGGGAGCUGUAUGACACGUUGGUGGGCAUGAUAGAGCGGAUGAACAGUGCUGUAGAUGAUUUGCCUGAACUGCAGGCUGUCCGAUAG